AUGUGUGCGCGAAGUUCAACAUUCAUUCUCCUUGUUGCAUUUGUUCUUAGUGUGUUAGCCGAAAAAAUAACUUUCAAAAAUGUGAAAAUUUGGUAUAACACCGAAGACCAGCAAUAUGUCACGGGUAAAAUAAAUUCUGCUUAUCAACUCAAGACUCAAUCAAACGCUUCUCGAAUUGUCAGAAUUGAAAUAUUCGGUGGUUCAGUGCCGGUUAUUCACGCAGGUGACUUCAAAGGUUUCCCUGCGUUGACCGAUCUAUGGUUAUCAGGAAAUGAACUCAAAGAAAUUCACCCUGGUGCAUUUAGUAAUGCUCUAGAUGGUAUAAGACUUUCGAGGAACAAAAUAACAACGAUCCAGGAUGGAGUAUUUUCAAAUUCGACAAUCCGCUUCCUAGAUUUCGACCAUAAUCUCAUCGAUAGCAUCUCUCCUCAUGCUUUUGACAACAUGACAGAAUUAAGGAAUUUGAAUUUAAACCACAACAAAAUCAAAAUUGUCUACCGAGAAUGGUAA